AUGUUGCUUACCAAAAUCGUAGUGGCUCUUCAGCUCUUGCAUUUCUAUAAUGCUUCAGCGCUUCCGGUCUCGCAGUCAACCCAUCUCGUAAAAAGAAUGGAAGAGGUUAAAGCUGUCCAGGAAGCCAGAGAAGCCCUACAAGGUGUUCAAGACGAGGCAAAACUUGGGGGUAGAGUAGGCACUGGAGAGACUGCAGAGGAUUUGUUUCACACAGCUCCGAUAGAUUCCAGACACCGGUCAUUUAAGGAAGGGGACCCGCAUCUUUCUGAGGAACUAGCAGCUGAUUCCGCAGGUGGUAGUCUCAGUUAUGAGCCAGCACUUGAAUGGCAUAAAGGGGCUGCAUCCAGCAAGCAAGAUCCCAUAGAAGCUAGGUCUGACAAAGCAAAGGUUCAAUCGAGAGAUGCGCCAGAGGUAUCUGCCCACGUUUCAAAUGGGCUACCACCGAGAUAUCCUUCCAAGUCUCCAUCCGGUGCGCCCGAAUUAAGAUCCACAGGUUUGAGAGACGCAGCCAAAAAUUACUUUACGGGCACAGCAACACUCGCAAAGCAGAAAAUUUCAAGCAAGGCUGUGGGCGCUCGGAAUUUUAGGCAAAAUGUGGUGGCAUCUCUCGACAGAAAAACGGGAAGAAUCGCUGAAAAGAUAAAAUCAACUCGUGCAGGUCAUCCCAAGCAAUAA